AUUACAGUGUUGUUACAAAUAGGGCAAUGUUGUUGUACACUGCGUACAGUGGUGGUUAAAGAUGAAGGUCCAAUAAACAGCUGUUUGGUAACAUUCAAAAUUAUCGAUAGCAAGAACAGAACGACGCAGCAGCAGCACCAGCGCCAGCACCAUCAGCAGGCAGAAGCGCAGCCAGUGACAGUAGCAGCCAAUAUUAUGCGAAACAAGAAAUCUAUAAAAAAGUAGAGCAGCAGCAGCAGCAGUUGGGGUGGGGUAACGCUGGAGCAGCAGCAUGGAACCUCCAGCGCACGUUACCGCAGCGGGCAUCGUAACUGUUGUUGAGAGCGCAGCGGAUGCUGAGCAAGACAGCCAAGUGACAACAACGCAUAAGAAUGACGAGGAAGCGGAUAAUGAUGAUGACGAUGAUGAUGAUGAUGGUGACAACGAUGACGAUGACGAUGGUGAGGAUGUUGAUGAUGAUGACGAUGGGGAUGAUGAUGAUGCCAAGGAUGCUUACUUCGAGGCGCGCAAUGGCAAUGAAAGCGAUGAGCUCGAAACGGCAUUCCAAAGUGCGUUGACAUUGGCUAGUGACGUCAGAGUGAAUGUUAGCGAUGCAGAUGCCGAGCAAGAUGAGAGCAAUAGCGGUCACACAGAGCAGCAGCCGGAUAUUGGGCAGGUGCAGCAGCCAGAACUGGAUGACAACAACGAUAUUGUGAUGCGCAACCACACUCCAAGAGACUUGCAAUAUGAGACAAACAACGAAAAUAGCCAGCUGGGAGCCGCGCCAGCCUCAGCUUCUGCCAGCGAUUCGUCACGACCACGAAAUCAGCAUCAGGCACUGCUUACGACCAAGUCCUGCGAGAUGCCCGGCAGCGCGGCAUUGGCAUCGGCAUCGGCAGCGACUCUAUCGCCCAGUAGCUCGUGCAACGGCAGCAUUGGCAGCGAUGGCAGCUGUAGUGUUGGUGGCGGUGCCCGUCGCAAGUCCUGGUCGCUGUCGCCACAAAACGGUGGCUCCAAGAAGAAAAGCAAACCAAGUGCUGCAGUCACGACGACGACGACGGCAUCCAAUGGCGAUAGCUUUAAUUUGUGGGUGGCGCGCGAAUGCUUUGAAACGGUACCCGCUGAAAUGGUAGACACGCUGAGCGUUUCCGAACUCCAGGAGCAACAGGAUGAGGAGCAGCACCAACAGGAGGAGGAUGACGAUGUGGACGAAGAGGCGGCUGCCGUCGAGAGUCUGCUGGGCGCUGCAGCGGCUCUGCAGGCCAGUGCCUAUUUAAGCGGCGGUGCGCAGAGUCGACAAAAGCAUUUGCGACAGCCUCCACAGCAUCGUCCGCUAGAGCGGUCGUGGCCGCCACGCGCCAUUGGAGGACGCGAGCUAAAGCUGCAGGGUGAUGUCUUCAAAUUUGAUAUACUCGAUACGGAUGAGCGCAUGUACCCGGAGGAUGGGCCAAGCUACAGCGGUGCCAGCAGUAAUAACAGCUCGCCGCUGCGCCUGCUCGGCCAGCCGGAGGCCAGUCCACCGCCCAUGCGCUUUAAGCCGCUCAUCCAGAAAAAGAUUGGACCCGACAGCUACAUCAAUACGAUCAGCACCCAGAAGGUGCCCGCCCAUUUAUCGUAUGAGUUUCCCACGUUUCCCCUCCAGGAGCAGCACAACAGCAUGGCCAGCACCAGCUCUGGCGCCAGCUGCAGUGCUGCUGUUGCCGCCUCCAAUGGCCUUGGGGGCCAUCACUUUCCCUAUUUGCGACAGCAUCGACCCUUGACACGUGCCCUGUCCAAUGGCAAGGCCGCCGGCACUGGAACGGCCACGGAUGAGCCUUAUCAUCUGGCCAGCAGCAGCAAUUCGCCACGGCUGCUGCUGUCGCCCAAGCGUCAGCGCAGUCCGCCCUCGGGCUGUUCCACGCGCAGCGUCUCUCCGCUGGAUCUCAGCCUCAGUCCCGAGCAACACUCGCCCACGCGUGGACGCGGCGUCGGUGGCCUGGAGACAAUUUUACCGCUGCCCAUGGCGCCGCCGCCAAUCGGUGCGCCCACUUUUCAUGCACAGCGACCACAGCAGCGACUGUUGAAACGAGUGGGCGGCGGCGGAGGAGCUGCAGCUGCUGGCGGACUCAUCUGUCCGCCCACGCCCACACAUCAUGCGCGCCGGCAUGCGCGUCUGCAGGCCGUCACUGCCAACUCCAGCACUGCCGGCACAGUCGAGCCGAACUCUAGUCAAUUGGAUUACAACCAACUGCAGACGCCGCCUGGCUCGCCAGCCGGCGCCGGUGCGCAGUCAGCGGAUGCAGAUGCGGAUGCGGAUGCGGAUGACAACAAUGAUAUGUUGCACAUAAGCAGCACUCGUCUGCCCUCCAUUCCGGAACGCAGUGCAGCAGCAGCAGCGGCGGCAGCGGCAGCAGCGGCUGCAGCUGCCGCAAGCUCUGACGCGGGCGCUGGCAUCAUGGAAAGCGGUAGCGGUGCCGGAAGUUUCAAUGGCACGGAGCCGCCUUUGCCGCCCGCAUGGGAGGCACGCAUGGACAGUCAUGGGCGUAUAUUCUAUAUUGAUCACACAACCCGGACCACUUCGUGGCAGCGUCCCGGUCCCAGCACGGGUCCCGGCGGUCGCGAGCAGCAUCAUCGCCAGCAGCUGGACAGACGCUAUCAGUCCAUACGGCGCACCAUCACCAACGAGAAUCGCCUGUCGCUGCACGCUGCCGACCCGUCCACUGGCCAUACCCAUGGCCAUACCCAUGGUCACAAUCAGCUGUAUGGUCUUCCUCGUGGCGGUGGUCAGACAACCACAACGGCGUCAUCCACUACUGUUGCCGCUGGCGCUGUUGGGUCUGGGUCUGGGGCUGGCGCUGGAGCUGGGGCUGGGGCAGCUGUGCCGCCCGCCUCGCCAAAUCUGGCCAUACAUCCGGCGGUGCUGAUGCUUUGCCGUCCCGACUUUUACUCUCUGCUCCACACCAAUGAGGCGGCGCUGGCCAUUUACAAUCGCAACGCGGCACUUAAGCAUAUGGUUAUGCGGAUUCGUCGCGAUCCGCAGUGCUUCCAGCGCUAUCAGUACAACAAGGAUCUGGUGGCGCUUGUCAACACAUUUGCCCAGCUGAGCCGCGAGCUGCCCUCCUGUUGGGAGACCAAAGUGGAUCAGUCGGGCAAGCAGUUCUUCAUCGACCACCAGCAUCGCAAGACGUCCUUCAUGGAUCCUCGCCUGCCGGUCGAAUGUCCACGCGUUGUUCGUCAUCGCCAGCAGCACCACCACCACCAAUAUUUGCACCAGCCGCAUCCGGAUCUGGUUGAUGGCAAUUGCCUUUCGGCCACCAGCGGCCACAUCAACUCCAGCAGCUCCAGUUCCGGCGCAACGGUCUCAGGCGUCCCGCCGCUGCCACCACCCCGACCAUGCCGGGGCAGUCUCAAUCAAGCAGCCGCCAACGCCGCCGCCGCCGCUGCAUCCACACAUAACUGCACUACGGCGGCGGCCAUUGCCUGCGCGCUGAGCCUCAGCGGCGCCGUCGGCGGACCCAGCACCAGCGGGGCCACUGCAUCUGGCCCAGAGGAUGUGCCGAUAGCUUACAAUGAAAAGGUUAUUGCAUUUCUGCGACAACCCAACAUAUUGGAGAUUCUACGUGAACGGCAGGGCCAGCACACAGUGUCCCGAUCGCUGCGCGAAAAGAUUAACAUUCUGAGAGUUGAGGGCGUGCCCGCCUUGGAGCGUCUGGGCCAUGAUCUACAAUUGACUAUAGUGCUUAGCCUCUUCGAGCAGGAGAUCAUGAGCUAUGUUCCAAUUGAAGAGCGCAGUCCACAGGGCUCGCCGGUACUCAGCUCACGGAUGCCGCAACGGGCGCCGCCGCCAUUCCGCCGCGACUUUGAAGCCAAGCUGCGCAGCUUUUACCGCAAGCUGGAGUCCAAAGGUUACGGCCAAGGACCACACAAGCUGAAAUUGCACAUCCGACGCAGCCAUCUGCUGGAGGACGCAUUCCGUCGGAUUAUGUCCGCCAACAAGAAGGAUCUGCAGCGUGGCCGUCUGGCCGUGCUGUGGGACACUGAGGAGGGCCUGGACUAUGGCGGGCCCUCGCGCGAAUUCUUCUUCCUGCUGUCCCGCGAACUGUUCAAUCCCUACUACGGUUUGUUCGAGUACUCCGCCAACGACACGUACACCGUGCAGGUGUCGCCGUUGUCGGCAUUUGUGGACAACUGCCACGACUGGUUCCGGUUUAGCGGGCGUGUGCUGGGCCUUGCUCUGGUCCAUCAAUAUCUGCUGGAUGCGUUCUUCACGCGUCCCUUCUACAAGGCGCUUUUGCGUCUGCCGGUCGCCCUAAGCGAUCUCGAGUCGCUGGACAACGAGUUCCAUCAGUCGCUGCAGUGGAUACGCGACAACGAUAUAGGCACUGGCAUCGAUCUGGGACUUACCUUCUGUGUCACCGAGGAGCUGCUGGGGCGCGUUGUCGAGCGCGAACUGAAGCCGGGCGGCAAGAAUCUCAUUGUGAAUGAGAAGAACAAGAAGGAGUAUCUGGAGCGCAUGAUCAAAUGGCGAUUGGAGCGCGGCGUGCAGGAGCAAACGGAGUCGCUGGUGCGCGGCUUCUACGAAGUGGUUGACUCGCGUCUGGUCUCAGUCUUUGAUGCACGCGAACUGGAGCUGGUUAUAGCCGGCACCGCCGAGAUCGAUACCAACGAUUGGCGCCUAAACACCGAAUACCGUUCGGGCUACCACGACAACCAUCAGGUGAUCAUCUGGUUCUGGCAGGUGAUCGAGCGCUUUAGCAAUGAGCAGCGCCUGCGCCUGCUGCAGUUCGUCACGGGCACAUCCAGCAUACCAUACGAGGGCUUCUCGGCGCUGCGCGGCUCCACCGGUCCGCGACGCUUCUGCAUCGAGAAAUGGGGCAAGCCGAAUGCGCUGCCCCGCGCGCACACCUGCUUCAAUCGCUUGGAUCUGCCGCCCUAUCCCACGCCCGAGCUGCUCUACGAGAAGCUGCUGCUGGCCGUCGAGGAAACGAACACCUUUGGCAUCGAGUAAAUACAGCCAAAUACAACAAAAUGCCACCAGACACUAAUUGCCAUGUGGAUGUGGAUAUGGCUGCGGAUUCGGAUUCGAAUUCGGCUUUGGAUUUGCAUUUUGCAGCUGAUGCGUGAUAUUUGAUGGUGUUUGCUUCUU